AUGCUUUCCAUAUUGCCUCUUCUGCUUCUGGGUGGCCUCCUCCCAGCCGUCAACGGUCAGAACUCCGAUAAGGAGGUGCUGGCACAUUUUGCAACCCAGGGAUGGUGUUACGUUUAUGUUGAAGGUGGGGACAUGGAACUGGGUAGCUCCCCGUGCAAGACAUGGUGCCCCGAGCAUGAGGGCAACGAGGGGAUGGGUUGCCACACGCCCGUGGUUGAUUUCGAUGAUGUAGAUCCCUCGCUCUUCGGCCGCGACGACGAAGGCAACAAGUACAUUCCGGGAAAUUGUGUCUGCGGAACUCCCGAGGACUAUCUACCUCUUAUCGAGCCGGUGAUAGAGGCCCUUUCGAUGCUGGACAACAUUAUCUGCGCUGUUUUCUUGUCGAGUCUUGAGACCGUUGCCGAGAUUGGUAUUAAUGCUGUGCCUGGCGGUGCAGCAAUCAAUGGUGUCAGAAGGGCCGUCGAGGGUGCCAAAACAUUCGUUGAUAAUUCAUUGGAUGCGGCCAACUUCUUCGACAACUGGAUCGGAAAGGCCUGCGACGUCCCUGACUGGAACUUCGACUUGAUGGGUUCGAUUUUCGGCAACUUGAAUGAUGCCACGGAUGACUUCGGAACCAGCAAGGGAUGUUUCCAGAAGAAGAAGAGUCUUUGCAAGGACAGAAAGCCCAAUCCUAAGAAGGAGGAUGACAAGAAGAACGACGACAAGAAGAAUGAUGACAAGUGCAAGCGUGAUGACAAGGAUUGCAAGACCACGGACGCUGCUCCCACCACUACGAAAGAUAGCAACAGUAGCACCACUAAGAAGGAUGAUAGCACCUCCACCUCCUCUACCUCUACCUCGACCACGACCACGGACAGCACCACCAGCACCACUACUAGCACCACUUCGAAGAAGACCCGUCGCCCUAAAACUAAGACCAUGCCGUCUUCCUCAGUGAUCCCUAUGUCUACCCCGGCAAUCUUCAGUCCUGCACCGACAGCCGAUGCCACUCCUUCAUCUGCUCCGGUCAUUCCCCGUGCGUUCUAG